AUGGCGCAUCCGUCUAUCAAAAUCGACACCAGUGUGCAAGCAACCAAGCGUGGCCUGCCGGAGAACGACGAUGCGGGUCUCGAUGUACUGGGAGAUCAGGAUCCCAAGUUGGACACGGGAAAUACCGAAGAUGUCCCGCCGUUCUUGUGUCUAUCGGUCUCGGAGAUCCAUGAAAGGUUUGAGGAACUAGAAUGGAUGCAGCGGAAACGUCUCGCGGAGGGCCAGAUGGCCAAUGACAUGUCGCAUCCUUUCGCCCUUGAGGUCGAUCCGAAGGUGAAGGAGAGGAACCGAUAUCUGAACGUGCAGGCGUGGGCAAACUGUCGCAUUCACUUGCGAGUCGCCGACGGUGAGUGUGAUUUUAUCAACGCCUCUCCGAUUAUGUUAGAAGACUCUGUGACGAGGGAGAGAAGGAAGUAUAUUGCGACACAGGGCCCCACGCUUGGUCAUCUCGCCCAUUUCUGGCACAUGGUAUUCCAUGAGAGCCAUGAUGUUGGUGUGAUCGUUAUGCUCACGCAGACUUUCGAGGCGGGCCGGGAAAAAUGCGCACAAUAUUUCCCACUGGACACUGAGCAAGCCUCGAUGGUUCUGUCAGCAGAAAAGUCGGACGUUUUCUUUGAUGAGGAUGAGAAACCAGAGUCUGGAAUUUUGGGCAAAGUGACGCUGUUGGAGUCUACUUUCGAUGCUAGUUCCCGAUCUGAGAUUCGCAAACUCGAAUUGUCUAUCGGCUCACAGUCAAAGAUCGUUUGGCAUUUCCUCUUCGCCGGCUGGGCCGAUUAUUCAAAGCCCGAGGGCAGCGACCGCCAGGCCCUGCUCGAGCUCAUCAAGCUGUCUGCCUCGAAAUCCAGUCUUGACAACCCGCGUAUUGUGCACUGCAGUGCUGGAGUUGGUCGAACCGGAACCUUCAUUGCACUCGACCAUUUGCUGUGCGAGCUGGAGUCGGGUCAGCUUUUGGAUGUCAGGGACCCCGAAGUUGACCCUGUUUUCGAGACUGUCAAUCAAAUGCGUGAACAACGGAUGAUGAUGGUAUAUAACGAAAUGCAGAUGCAAUUCAUCUACGAGGUCCUUCGGGAACAGACAGACUCCAAGCUGGGCAAGGCCCCGGGUCAAGACUUUGACGCCCCCGACGACGGUGAAGAACGGUCUGCCAAAGUCGCGAAACUCAGUGACGAGGCCGACUAUCAGCCGACUGCCAAACCAGAAUUGGAGAUUGCCCCAGGUCGUGUUCCUACGCCAACCAGAAGCUGGUCUGGUACGCCGGAAGUGUCUGAUAACGAAUAA